CACUCUCAUCCCUCCAUGAAGAAAGCAGCUAGAUUUUGCCAUCUUCGCCAGCACCAAGAUGUUGUGAAAGGAGGAGCUGGAAUUCUUUCAUGUUUUCAAAUCUACAACUGCUAAUUUAUACAAUCUUAAUUUCAUGCAUAUAACCAAUCCUUUUUCUCUUAUCUUUUCCGUGUUUCUUAAUGGAUUUUUCCUAGAACACUUGCCUUGAUUUUUCCCUUUUUCACCCACCAGAUAUAAGCAUUCUAUUUCUUGCCAAGCUGACAGAUUUCAAAGUAGAAGUAUCCUAUCUGAUAUGAAGACUUAGGCCUUAAAAAGUUUGUUAAUGAGGUUACUUGUCUUGGCAUUUACCGAACGUCUAACUUUUAUUUUGCUGAACUCUGUUGGCCUUAAAGGAUUUCUCAGUGGCUUAUUAGCAGUAAUUGGGGUAAUGAAGACACUGGCACAGAAACUGGAUGGCUUCUACAGGGAGCCAGGCCUCGGCUAUAGACCAGAUUUGGGAGCUCUUGAGUGAUGGCGCACCUCCCACCAAAAAGCCCAGGAAGCUGCUCCCAAGCCUGAAAACGAAGAAGCCUCGGGAGCUCGUGCUGGUGAUUGGAACGGGCAUCAGUGCUGCAGUCGCACCCCAGGUCCCAGCUCUGAAAUCCUGGAAGGGGUUGAUUCAGGCCUUACUGGAUGCGGCCAUUGAUUUUGAUCUUCUAGAAGAUGAGGAGAGCAAAAAAUUUCAGAAAUGUCUCCAUGAAGACAAGAACCUUGUCCAUGUUGCCCAUGACCUCAUCCAGAAACUCUCUCCUCGUACUAGUAAUGUUCGAUCCACAUUUUUCAAGGACUGUUUAUAUGAAGUAUUUGAUGACUUGGAGUCAAAGAUGGAAGAUUCUGGUAAACAGCUACUUCAGUCAGUUCUCCACCUGAUGGAAAAUGGAGCCCUGGUAUUAACUACAAAUUUUGACAAUCUCCUGGAACUGUAUGCAGCAGAUCAGGGAAAACAACUUGAAUCCCUUGACCUUACUGAUGAGAAGAAGGUCCUCGAGUGGGCUCAGGAGAAGCGGAAGCUGAGCGUCUUGCACAUCCAUGGGGUCUACACCAACCCUAGUGGCAUUGUCCUUCACCCAGCUGGCUAUCAGAAUGUGCUCAGGAACACUGAAGUUAUGAGAGAGAUUCAGAAGCUCUAUGAAAACAAGUCGUUCCUUUUCCUGGGCUGUGGCUGGACUGUGGAUGACACCACUUUCCAAGCCCUUUUUCUGGAGGCUGUCAAGCACAAAUCUGACUUAGAACAUUUCAUGCUCGUUCGGAGAGGAGAUGUGGACGAGUUCAAGAAGCUUCGAGAAAACAUGCUGGACAAAGGGAUUAAAGUCAUCUCCUAUGGAAAUGAAUAUGCUGACCUUCCAGAGUAUUUCAAGCGACUGACAUGUGAGAUCUCCACAAGGGGAAGGUCAGCAGGGACGGUAAGAGAAGGCCAGCUAAAUGGCUCAGAAGGCCAGCUAAAUGGCUCAUCGACAGCACACAGUGAAAUGAGAGACUGUAGUACAUGAGAGGGCUAGAGGAAUCACCACCAUUAGCCCAAGCUGUAAGGGCCUACCGUGGACAGUGUUUAACAAGUAAACUCACAAGAACCCAAAACAGCUCCUAGGAACUACCAGAACGCAGAGGUUGAAGGCCGGGGUUAGUGGGCGGGUGUCGCAGCUUACCCCUUCGUGCCGUGCCGGCUGCUUCCUGAUCCUCUGCGGCCUGUUCCAGUUCAAUACCCAAGUGACAAGGGACCCAGAGGCCGCCCCGCCCCACCCCCAGGCUGGACAGGCCUAUGUCCACACAGCAGAUCCACGGGACAUCUCUACCGACCGUGGCCACAGCUCCGCAUGAAGAACUCGGGAUCUAGAUGCCACGGGAUCGCCGCGGCCCUUGUUGCAGUUUUGUACUCUAUACUUGGUUUUUCAGUUAAGCUUAAUGGCAUUUUUAAAACAUGGCUUGAAGCUCUAGUUUUCUAGAUCUUUUACAGUGUACAGUCUUUUACAUAAUUGAGUUGUAUUAAAAGCUUGUUCAUUUA